CCUAGGUUGUUCUCUCCUUUAUCCAAUAUAAAUACCCAAACAGGGGAUGACCACAACAUACAACAAACCAGUAUUCAGCAGCUGUAUUUUUAAGUUCAAAAGUUCAAAAUCAGUGCAAUGGAAACCGCUUCAUCAGCACAAGGGAUGUGGUCCUUGCUCAAGGAUAUCGAUCACACAAAGACGACCUGGGCAAUCAAGGUUCGGGUAGUUAGGGCAUACGAAGUUCCUCCACACUCUAAGGGCGGGGAGACUCUUGAAAUGGUUUUGCAUGACACAGAGGGAGAUCGGAUUCACGCCAUUAUCAAGAGGCCGCAGAUAGCAAUGUAUAAGCCUAAUAUUACAGAGAACAAAAUUUAUGCCAUAAGAAACUUUUUGGUGCUUGACAAUUACCAAACAGUGAAGACUACCAGUCAUCCCUACAUAAUUCAGUUCAUCUCAAAAACCCUGUUGAGGGAAGAUACGAAGACGGAAAUGCCUAUGAUGGUCUAUGAUUUUCAGCCUUUUGAUAUGCUGCAUGCCCAAAGAGUUAUCAACGACAAAACUCUAAUUGAUGUCAUUGGGAAGGUUCUUUCCAAGAGCCUUAUCCAGACCCACAUAAUCAAUGGGAGGACUGAUAGGCUAAUGGAGUUGACUUUGACAGACCCGGAGGGUAACAGAUUGGGCGCCGUAUUGUGGAACAUGUACAUAAACCAGUAUCUGGAUUAUGUUAAUGCUAAUGAAGGAGUGCCUGUCUUCGUGAUAUUUCAACUAUGUAGGCCAAAAAGAUACCAAGGGAUCUUGACAGUGAAUUCGUCUUUUGAUGUAUCAAAGCUCAUAAUCAACGGGAACACUACUGAGUUUUUAGAGUUCCAAAGCGAGUUUCCAGCAGAUGGUGAUGACACCACGACUCAAACCUGCAACACGCAAUGCUCACAUGCGGAAGGGAGGGAUGAUAUACUCGGUGGAAAUGCUGUCAUUACCACCAUGGAGGAUUUGAUGAAGGCAACUGAGGAGAAUGUUUAUUGGGUACUUGCUGAGAUAGUUUCUAUAGAAAACUAUCGAGAAUGGUGCUACCUAAGUUGCCCAACAUGCCACAAAAAAUUGCAACCAGAAGAGGAACGGUUUAGGUGUACAACUUGCAGCAUGUCAAUUGCAGAAGGAGUUUAUCGCUACAAGGUCAGUGUGUGUAUUAUGGACAACACGGGGUAUGGAAACUUCAUGUUAUGGGACAGGGAAUGCAUAGAAAUUCUGGGUAAAACUUCAGCAAGUCUUAAAGCCGAGGUGGAGAAGAAAACCGGGGAUCCCAGUCGCUUUCCGGAAGACAUUGAAAGCUUGGUUGAUAUAAAGGGAAUUUUCAAAAUACAGCUCAGGAAGAAGAAAGGUGAGGAAAAUGCCUAUAAUGAUGGGAUUUCUCUAGGGGUAGUCAGCAUCAUAAGAGAUCCUAAUGUUAUCUCAAUGUAUGAGAAGAAAGAGCACUUGGAAACUAAUGAAAUUGAUGAGAGUACACCAGAAAAGAUUGGUUCAAAUGCAAAUUUAGGAGAAACCUCCAUCAGAGAAAAAUCAAUUGUCAGUAAGGGCAAGGGGAAACGAAUUUCGGCAGAAAAGGAGGUUUUUGCACCAAUUGAGCUAACCGACACACCUACGGAAUGUACCCAAAGGGAGGUCGAUGUUGAAUUAAAUGAAGAGGUCAAAAGAAACUUGAAUGAUGAAUUUUCAAGCACUGGGAAUGGCAAGAAGCUGAAGAUCAAAAUCAAACAGGAACCGCUCUAGAGCGGGUUCAGUUCAUGAAUAACAUUGAUGAUAUUUUGUUGGCACCUACUAUUGUGUUUAUUGUUAUUUGAAAACAGUUUCAUGCACAGGACGUAUGCCUUCUCUUUUUGGGAUAACUGAAAACUGUGUAACAGACCAUUAAAACCUACUUUAUGAC